AUGGCGGAGUUACUUAAGGGUUCUCCCGAACCCAAUGGUCCUCAAGUCUUCGUGCCGGAACAGAUCCAAAACAUUGGUUUUGCCUCCAUGUCUAAUGGAGUUCCGACCAUCUACUUCUCCGGGGCUGAAACACAAAAGCUUGCUGAUAGCAUGGGGCACACCAUCGUGGGUAAGUUUUCACAUUCUAUUCCUACGGGCCAUCAAAUUCAAAAAACUCUAGAUAACAUUAAAUUCCGAUGUGGGUUCAAUUGGAAAUACAUUAAUGCUAAACAUAUCCUAAUCCAAUGCGAGGAUUUGGCGGAUUAUGCCCGGCUUCUCGGAGGCCCAAAGGGAACACCCGUGUGGCUCAUUGAUCGCCACCCAAUGAGGGUCUUCAAAUGGUCCCCAGAUUUCGAUGCAUAUUGUGAGUCCCCGAUAGCAGCAAUUUGGUGUAAUUUAAUCGGACUCCCAAUUCACUUGUUUGAUCAAUCCGCUCUUUUCGCCAUCGGCAAGCUCCUCGGCAAUCCAAUCCAAGUUGAUCGGGCUACGGCUACCAAGACGAGACUCUCCUUUGCCCGCAUUUGUAUUGAGAUUGACAUCACCAAACCGCCCCUUGAAGAGAUAAUCCUUGACUUGUGCGGCCGCGAGUUGGUGCAACAAGUCCGGUGGGAUAAGAUCCCAUCCUAUUGCCAAGAGUGUAAACAUGUUGGCCAUGCAAGUGAUGUGUGCUAUGCGAUUGGCAAAAAGGAAAGGCCGCCGAAACGAAACUACAAUAUCAACCCGCCAAAGAAGGCAAACCCCGAAGGCCACGGUAUGAAGGGCAUGCAAGAUGCGGUGAGGCACAAUCCUAACUUCAAUGAAGGGAACCGCCAAGGGAAGAAUAAGGGCAAUGCCGGGAAUCGUCCUAACAACAAUUCAAAUGGAGAGGAGGAAAGGGAUACAACUUGGGAUGGUUCGGACAUUAUGGGUGGAACCCAAGGAGGGAAUACUUCGCGCCCCGAAACAUUCAAAGUGGGCCUCAAGCGCGGGGGAGGGGAAAAAGGGAACCCAACACCCCCGACCACCGAGCCACCUUCAUCAACUCAUGGAGAUAUGGAUGCGGAAUGGAAGUACACCAAGGCGAGCCGAUCGGUGUCCCCACCUACACGAGGGAGUGCGAGAGGGGGCCUACGCCAUGCAAUGACUAGGGGGCGUGGUUUCUUCUCAAAUCCGGACCGGUUCUCCAAGGCCCUGGGGCUGUCCUACAUUGGAUCGAACAUGACCGGAAAAAUCUGGUUGUUUGCGGAAGAGGGAUACACUUUUGAUAUUGAUUGUGAUUCGGAACAAAUCCUACAUGGGCGUCUCAAGUCCCACCGCAUUGCUAGGCCGCUGGCCAUUUCGGCCGUGUAUGCCAAAUGCACAAGAUCCGAAAGACACCUCCUGUGGGAUAAGAUGAGAGAGAUUGCUGGGGCCCUCGAAGGAUCACCAUGGAUUAUCGGUGGCGACUUCAACACCAUCCUAUCACACCGAGAUAGGGUUGGGAGCGACACCAACAGGCAAGCCGAGAUGGUCGGUUUCGCAGAGGCAAUUGAAGACUGUAGGCUCCUUGAUCCGGGGUUCGAUGGGGCGGAAUUCACAUGGGCCAAAAACGGCCUCUUUGAAAGAUUGGAUAGAGUGCUUGUUAGUGAGGGUUGGGCUAGGGCCUUCGAAGCUACUCGGGUUAAGAACCUCCCUCGGGUUGCUUCGGACCACGGGCCGGUCCUUGUAAGAUGUAAGAUGCUGAACACUACCAUCGAAGGCAAGGCAUUCCGAUUCCAGAACAUGUGGAUCCGACAUGGGGGGUUCAUGGCUGUAGUGCAAAAUGCAUGGGAGGAGAGUACGGGGGCGAGUGGACUCCUAAAUAUUCAAAUCAAACAUGCUAGAGUGAAAAGAGCCCUAAAGGCGUGGAACAAAGAAGUUUUAGGGAACAUCCAUGCCAACCUCAAGGAAAAGGAGGAAGGAAUUGCCGUGGCCCAAUCCAUCUUCGAGGCAAGGCCAACACCGGAAAAUAGGACAAUGAUCAAUAAAUACAUUGCCGAGUACAUCAUGUUUCUGAAAAUGAAAGAGGAUUUUUGGCGGCAAAAGGAGUAG